CAGGUAGAGAAGCGCGCUCACGCAGUGGUCCGUGCGCUCUCGAGUGGAACGAUGUCGCGCGCGUGUCUGGCUCUGCUGCUCGCGCUCUCCUUACCUGGAUAUCUGCAUGCGCUUCACGGAUUAUACGCCUUCGAUCAGCCCGAGCUCUUUCAGAAGAAGAGCCACUGCAAACCCAUACCUGCAAACCUGCUCCUGUGCCAUGACAUCGAGUACACGGACAUGCGUCUGCCCAACCUCCUCGGACACGAGAGCAUGUCCGAGGUCCUGCAGCAGGCAUCCUCCUGGACCCCUCUGGUGCAAAAACAGUGUCACCCAGACACCAAGAAGUUUCUGUGUUCUCUGUUCGCUCCGGUGUGUCUGGAUGAUCUGGACGAGCCGAUACAGCCGUGCAGGUCUCUGUGUGAGAGCGUGAAGAGCGGAUGCGCUCCGGUGAUGGCCGCCUUCGGGUUCCCUUGGCCGGACAUGCUGGACUGCGCUCGCUUCCCUCUGGAUAAUGACCUGUGCAUACCACCAGCGGGCGCAGAUGCCCUAGUGCCAGUCACCAAGGAAGUUCCAAGGGUGUGUGAUGCCUGCAAAGAAAAGCCUGAGAAUGACAAUGAAAUUGUAGACAGCUUGUGCAAAAAUGACUUUGCUUUAAAGAUCAAAGUCAAGGAGAUCUCCUACAUGAAUGGCGACACCAAGAUCAUUCCAGAAACCAAGAGCAAAACGAUCUACAAGCUGAACGGAGGCGUUACUGAGCGUGACCUCAAGAAGACGGUGCUCUGGCUGAAAGAUGGUCUUCAGUGUGUGUGUGAUGAGAUGAACGACAUCCAUGCUGCUUAUCUGGUGAUGGGCCAGAAGAUGGACGGAGAUCUGGUCAUCACGUCGCUGAAGCGCUGGCAGAAGGGUCAGCGCGAGUUUAAGAGAAUUUCUCGCAGUAUUCGCAAACUUCAGUGCUAGGAAUCUCCUCCGAUCAGAGCACACACACACACACACACACAAAAGGUCUUGAAUAUAAGACCAGUACCAGUCACACCAUAGAUCAAUGCAUUUCAAACCCUAAAGUCUGCUUUCCCAGGCCAGUCAGAGCUCAGGAUUUAGGGUGAUGGAAAAUAGCACCUAGCAUAGAUUCAUCUUUUUGUUUUCCCUCUUAAGUUUUGAUCAGUCAUAUUAACUAUUCACAAAACCCAUUCGCUCAUUCCUUUCUUCAAACAUUUUUAACUAUAGAGCCCCAAAUAGAGUCUGACAAAUUGGAUUAAAUGAACAAGAUGUUGCAUUAUAUCGCUAGAAGUGUGUGGAAAACCUGUCUAAUU